CAUUCUAUAAAUCGGACGGCUCUGGCACCCCAACCACUUCUUGGCCGUUCCACCUUCUUCACCCAAACUCGAAUUUCAGCCAGAAGAUAGGGACAGGGACUUCCGGAAUAGGACGAAAAUGAUGGGGAUUCAACCAUUGGAAGUGAUGUCGAGUGCUCGACUGCUUCGAUUAGUUCGAGUAUCCUCAAAUACCGUACCAUGAACGGCAGAACUUACCAUAGCGAUAGCGUAACGGAUGGAGAGUAUUGGGGCCCCAACGACGACAAGCAGAAUGAAGUGCUGGAUAUUUUCCAUCAUGCGAUGACCAUUUGUCUGGAUGGCAGGCUUUAUGAUGCCCCUCUACCAAAAAACCCUGAGAAUGCAAUUGAUCUUGGCACAGGCACAGGGCUGUGGGCAAUCGAUUUUGCCAAUAAAUUCCCUAACUGCAACGUCAUGGGCACUGAUAUCUCGCUCAUCCAACCCAGUUGGGUACCCCCCAAUCUCCGUUUCGAAAUUGACGACUACAAUAAGGACUGGGCCUAUAAGUCUGAUUUCUUCGACUUCCUCCACCUACGUUGGAUUAGCGGUACCGUCAAGGAUUGGUAUGCUUUUUAUAAGGAGGCUUACCGGUGCUGCAAGCCGGGCGGUUACAUUGAGCAUAUGGAUGCCUCUGGUACUGCUCUCUCGGAUGAUGAUUCCUUGACUAAUGUUCAUGCCCUGGGCCAAUGGGGCCCCGUGUGGCAGGAGGGUGGAAGGAAGAUUGGGUAUGAAAUUGAUCUACAUAGCACUAACCUAAUGCAGAACGCAAUGAAGGAGGCCGGUUUCGUGAACAUAGUAGUGAAGGAUUACAAGGUCCCUAUCUCCCCAUGGUCCAAGGACAAGAAGAUGUACGAAGUUGGUCUCUAUUUCUAUACCGCUAUAAACCAGGACCUUGAAGGUAUUGUUCAGUUCAUGUUUGGUAAGGUCCUGGGGUGGACCGCGGAGGAGAUCGCCAUCUACAUUGCUACCAUGAAGAAGGAGAUGAACAGCAAGGAUAUUCAUCCGUACUUCAUCUACCGCGUGGUGUAUGGCCAGAAGCCAUUGGAUGCUUAAUGUACGGCUGGGCAACAACACCGACCGGGGGCUGGUUAAUCUCCCAGGAUUAACGGUCCGGUACCUGAUCACAUGUUUCUCCUUCUGUUUCUGUAAAUAGUCCAAAAUACGGGGUUGAAACCUCAGAUGACAGUCGCAAUUGUUUGACAGGGUUGGCCCCAGACCGAGCGUGUGCCUUCAGCCUUACCGGGUCCAGACCAUCCUUAUGAUUUGGCUUAUUUGGCUUAUAUGUACACCCAUGAAUUGGCACGGAAGGACACGCGGAUCAAGGAUAGAAACAUCAGCUGUUAUCUUGUCCAAUCCAGAAAAGAAGCGUGGGAGUGACACCGAGAGGAGGGUGCCUGUUCAUGCGUCAACCUGGUCGUUUCCAACCAUGAUGAGGUAUCGUGGCUCACGUGGAUUGUAGUCGUGUAAUAGAUCUUGUUCACCUUCCUG